CCCCCAGCUUUAUACGGGAAGCGAAUCUAUCUAUACACAACAAGAAAACCCCAAACACAUACACACACUGAAGGAGAAACCACACGCACUGACGCUCAGCGCAUGUUCUCACUGAACACCAAUCAAACCAAGGGCUUCUUCUUGGAUCGGGACGGCAUGGCGUUGCCGAACAUCGGCCUAUUUUCGUCUCCGGCGGAAGACCCCAAUAAGAAAAUCAGAAAACCGUACACCAUUACCAAGUCACGUGAGAGCUGGACCGAACCUGAGCACGACAAGUUCCUUGAAGCGCUCCAGCUCUUUGAUCGUGAUUGGAAGAAGAUUGAAGCAUUUAUCGGAUCGAAAACAGUCAUUCAGAUACGUAGCCACGCACAAAAGUAUUUUCUUAAAGUUCAAAAGAGUGGAACCAAUGAACAUCUUCCUCCACCUCGGCCAAAAAGAAAAGCUGCUCAUCCAUAUCCACAGAAAGCUUCAAAAAUUGUUCCAGUUCUUUCACAAGAGAGACCAUCAUUCCAAGACUCUGCUGCUGUUCCUGAUAAUGGAUUUGCGAGGAGGCCUGUUCCUUCUGCAAUAAUAAGAAAUGAAUCUGCUGCAUCUAUACCUGGCUGGACAGAGAAACCUUUGCAGAAAACCAAUUUUUUGCAUGCAGCUGGAGUUGAUGCCAGAUAUGCCGGACAGACAAUGUCCUAUAUUUGUGGUAGCAAUGACAGCACAACAAAGACAAGGCCCACAGUUCUCCCUGAUUUUGGUCAAGUGUACAGUUUCAUAGGCAGUGUCUUCGACCCUAAUGUUACUGGCCAUUUACAGAAAUUGAAGAAGAUGGACCCAAUUGAUAUUGAGACAGUGCUAUUGUUGAUGAGAAAUCUCUCGAUCAAUUUGGCUAGUCGUGAUUUGGAGGAUCAUAGAAGGGUGCUUUCAUCAUAUGAGAUUGACCGUGAGAGGGAUGAUGCCUUUGAUGUAACUGAUUCUAUCCUUUGUUGCGAAUCUGAGGGUGCAGGUUAACUUUGUGUCAUGUUGGUGCCUUGGCUCUGGGCAAACUUUUGAUGUGUUUCGAGAGUUGCCAAUUCCUAUAAUUGUAAGUAUGGUUCUUGUUAAAUCUUCUUCUGUCUAAGCAGUUAGUGGGGCCUUGUACAUACUGGCAAAUGAAAUAAAAUGAGGGGUAUUUGCGGCGAUGUAAAUUGUGAACAUGGUUGUCUGUAAAUGCAAAAUUUUGAUCCCA